AUGGAUGAAGUGUUCAAAGUGCUAAAGGCUAUGGGUGUGUCGUCUAAAGAAAAGGAGGAACAAGCCGCCUAUCAACUUAAUGAUCUGGAUCAUGUUUGGUAUGAACAAUGGAAGGUGGAGAGACUUGUUAGAGAAGGUCCGAUUAGUUGGUCUUCAUUCAAGACAUAUUUCCUUUGUAGGUUCUUCCCCUUAGAAUUAAGGGAGAGGAAAAUGCAAGAAUUCAUCAAUAUUCGUCAAGGGAGUAUGAGUGUGAAGGAUUAUAGAUUCAAGUUCACUCAACUAUCAAAACAUGUUACUACUAUGGCUGGGGAUGCUAUUUCUAAGAUGAAUAAAUUCGUCAUGGGUAUAUCCAACCUUGUUAUUAAUGAAUGCAGGUGGGAGUUUUUGAUUCCUAGCAUGGAUAUCUACCCUCUCAUGGUCCAUGCUAAACAAAUUGAGAAGAAAAAUCAUAAGCAAGUUUGUAGGGAUUUGAAGAGGACAAGGGCGGAAAAUGGAAAUCAUUCCAAGACAGGAUUAGAGGUUCAAGAAGAGGUUCCCCAAGCAAGGUACUCCUAA